AUGUUCCACAAGGAUAUUUCAGAGUGCGAAGUUCCGGAUUUGGACGCGGUGGAGAGUUCAGAUCUGAGAAAAUAUCUGAGAUACAGGCUGAAGCUGAAAGAUGAUCUUAGUAGGAGGUUUAGAAAUGAAUAUUUCGGUCAGCUGAAAUUGUCAUCGGAAAAACGAAAACAGAGAGAAAUCAAAAUUGGUGAAGUCGUUCUGAUGGGAACCGACAAUACCAAAAGGAUGAAAUGGCCUUUGGUGUAUGUUCAAGAGCUGAUACCUUGGAGGGAUAACAUCAAUUGUGCUGAUGAUUUGGACUUAACUCAGAUAUCAGGCCGAGCAGUUUCUACAAGAGAGACCGAAAGUAAAGAAACUGAAGAAACCAAAGAAAAUGACAACGGGUGUUUCAAAAAUCCUGAACCACUUUCGAUAACUACUAGAUAUGUGUACCCAGGAAUGCCUGAGAGAUCAGGACAAAUUCCAGACAACUACAAAUUCGAUGCAGCUUUUUUUGGUUUGAGUUCAGAAGAGUCACGAUCUAUUGAUGUCCGGUCCAAAAGUCUACUCGAAACAACUUUUGAAGCUAUUAUUGACGCUGGAUAUAACCCAAAUGAAUUGAAAGGCAGUCUUACAGGUGUCUAUGUCGGAAUAUCCACCUUCACCUACUCUAAAGAAUUGAGGAAAGACUCAAUUCCAGGAGUCACAUGUUUGGACUUUUGUUUAGCCAGAGCAGCGAACGGAAUUUCCCGUUAUUUCGACCUCAAAGGACCCAGUUACUCAAUCGAUACUGCCUGCUCCAGUUCAUCUCACGCCUUCACAAACGCAGUGAGAGAUUUGGCUGAUGGAUCCGUAGAUUCUGCACUGGUUUGUGGUUCCACAAUGUUUUCCCAUCCACAUGAAACGAAGGAAUUUGUGGCUCUCAAUAUGCUGAAUCCCGAUUGCGCUUGCAAAGCUUUCAAUAAGAUAAGAUCCGGAUAUGUUAGAGCUGAGAGUUCAGUCACUUUUUUUCUGCAGAAGGAAUCUGCCAGUAGGAGGGUCUAUGCUAAAGUGCUUGGAGCCAAAAUGAAUACUGAUGGUUUCAAAAUUGAUGGACUCACCUUUCCUUCCGCUGAUGAGCAAUAUAUCCUGUUAAAAUCGUUGUACGACGAGGUUGGAGUAGAUUUCAACAAGCUAGACUAUAUAGAGGCUCAUGGAACAGGUACUCUUGUCGGAGAUCUACAAGAAUGCAAAGCAAUUUCAAAAAUGUUAACGACUGUAAAUGAAAACCCCAUUCUGAUUGGUUCUGUCAAGACCAAUAUGGGUCAUUCUGAAACAGCAUCUGGAUUAUCAUCCCUGACGAAAGUGAUUCUGGCCAUGGAGCGGAGAAUUAUACCAGCUAACUUAUACACAGAACCUCUGGAUACCACACUACCUGGAUUUUCGGAAAACAAACUCAAAGUUGUAACGGAAAAUUUACCUUGGAAUGGUGGUAUUGUUGGAGUGAAUUCUUUUGGGUUUNGCGAAUUAACCUUGAUAGGAGUCUGA